GAGCCACAGAGCAGUGUUAAAACAGAGAAAUGAAUUUGAGGCGGAAUGACACUCGAGUGUUUGAACACAACCGAAGACCAACUUGGUAAAGUGCGACAGGUCAGCUCAGGUCACUUAAGUUACUUUACACAUUCACAGCGACGUUGUUUAUCCAAGUGUCACGUUGAGGUAACUACUGUAACGUUAGUCGGCUAAAAGUUUCAACCGGUGUCCACGUUGACAACUUGUUUACAAUGGUGCCCAUUCACAGCUCGGAUAACGCAACGUUGCCAGCUCCUGCACUGAGGUAAGAUAAGGGCUCUAUCAUGACGCAUGGCGAGGACUGCUGUGCGACAGCAGAAGAUGGAGCUGAGAGCGACCAGCAGCGGCCUCUCAUUCUGGAGAGAGUGGAGAAAGACUCAGCCAAAAACUGGAAAACACUCGUGUCACACCGAAUAAAGAAACACUGCCUGUGCACCCCAAAGAAAGCUAAAUCCAAAAUACUGGGCUUUGUCCCGAUUUUGAGAUGGCUGCCACAGUACCAGCUCAGGGAAUGGCUGCUGGGUGACAUCAUGUCGGGACUGAUUGUUGGAAUCCUAUUGGUCCCCCAGUCUAUAGCCUACUCCUUAUUGGCCAGUCAGGACCCCAUUUAUGGUCUCUAUACAUCUUUCUUCUCCUCCAUCAUCUACGCCCUCUUAGGCUCUUCUAAACACAUCUCAGUGGGGAUUUUUGGGGUGCUCUGCCUGCUUGUGGGUCAGGUUGUAGAUAGGGAGUUAGCUCUGGCGGGAUACCUCACAGAAAGCAGCGUCAGUAGUAACGCCAGUGCCAUCCUGCUGGCUGGCCAGGGGAAUGACAGUGUUGGGGUGGAAUGUGACAGAAGCUGCUAUGCAAUCACAGUGGGAGCCACCGUUACCUUCACUGCUGGAGUUUACCAGGUUCUAAUGGGCAUUUUCCAGGUGGGCUUCGUCUCUGUCUAUCUCUCAGACUCCCUUCUCAGUGGCUUUGCUACAGGAGCCUCCCUGACCAUCCUCACUUCCCAGUUCAAAUACCUUCUGGGCCUGAAGAUCCCCAGACCUCAGGGUUGGUUCACUCUGUUUAAGACCUGGUACAACCUGCUCAUCAACUUGGGAAACACCAACAUUUGUGACCUGGUGACCAGUUUGGUUUGUUUGCUCAUUCUGAUACCGACAAAGGAGCUCAAUGAUCGCUUCAAAGCCAAACUAAAGGCUCCAAUUCCCUUUGAGCUCUUUGUGGUGAUAAUCGCCACCCUGGCUUCUCACUUUGGCCACUUCAACACUGAUUAUGGGUCUGGUGUGGCUGGUGACAUUCCCACAGGCUUCCUCCCUCCCCAGCUGCCCAUGUGGACACUGAUCCCGAAUGUGGCUGUUGACGCUUUCUCCAUUGCUAUUGUGGGAUUCGCCAUCACGGUGUCACUGUCGGAGAUGUUCGCCAAGAAGCACGGCUACACCGUGGAUGCCAACCAGGAGAUGUACGCCAUUGGCUUCUGCAACAUCCUACCAUCAUUCUUCCGUUGCUUCACCACCAGCGCUGCACUGACCAAGACUCUCGUCAAGGAGUCCACAGGGUGCCAGACUCAGGUGUCUGGACUGGUCAGCGCUCUUGUCCUGCUGCUGGUAUUGCUCGUUAUUGCACCGCUCUUCUAUUCCCUUCAAAAGUGUGUAUUAGCCGUCAUCAUUGUGGUUAAUCUACGUGGAGCUUUGCGAAAGUUCAUCGACAUUCCCCGCAUGUGGCGUGUCAACCAUGUCGAUGCCUCCAUCUGGAUGAUCACCAUGGCAACCUCAGCGCUGGUCAACACAGAGCUGGGUCUCCUCGUGGGGGUUUUGGUGUCAGCCCUCUGCGUCCUGGGCCGGACCCAGAAAGCCCAGGUCCUGGAGCUUGGCCGGGCUACAACCAGGGAGCAUUAUGAUGAUCUGCUGUCUUACCGCGGCCUUGGGACACAUCCUGGAGUGGCAGUUUUUAGAUAUGAGGCUCCAAUCUAUUAUGCCAACCAGAGCUUGUUCAAAAAAUCGCUCUACAGGUGUGUAGGACUUGAUCCUGUGAAGGAGAAAACGCGGAUUAUCAAGUUGAAGAAGAAGAAGAAACAGCAGGAAGAGGUUACAGGAGGCCAAAAUAUGAAGUCCCAGGAGAAGGAGGCUGCAGGUAAAGAGGAUGUGGUUGAAGCUGGUACGACUGUAACCUUGAUGAAAUCUUGUCGUAGCUUAAGCAGCUUGGUGAUCGACUGCAGCGCCAUCUUGUUUCUAGAUACAGCUGGAGUCAAUGCUCUGAAAGAGGUCCGCAAAGAUUACGGAGAACUGGGGAUCAAGGUUGUGCUGGCCCAGUGUAAUGUCUCAGUUUUGGACGAUCUGGAAAGAGGGGGAUACUACCCAGAGAAAAAAGAAUGUGAUGGAGGAGAAAACAAAAUUGUAUUUUUCACCAUCGCAGACGCCGUCCACUACGUCCAAGGCCUCUCAACUCCUAAUGGAGAUUAUGACAGCAAAUGCUAAAAAGAUAAUUUAACUGUCCAAAUAUCAAUGUUUACAUCUCUUACAUAAAAAAGGAAAGUCCAUUGUUUCCUAUGUGCCUUGUAAGGCUACAGUGAGUGCUGAAGUCCUUCCUGAGUGUAAUUAUCCUGCGUCUACCUUUCAUAACUGCAGCAGACAAUUCUUUAUUUAAUAUUGUUUGAGCAUUUCUUCUUCAUGCAAAUGCAGCUUAAGUACAUAGUACUUCUAGUAAAAGCUUCACAAUGGCGACAUCAGUACAGGACAUUUUCUCUUUUUUGCACACAUUUGACACCCAAAUGACUUUAUGAACACCAACAUUAGGGAUGGGACAAUAUACUAUAUUAUUGCGUAUUGCGAUAAAGAAAAACAAGUCAUAAAUUUAUCGUGGUGAGUUUCCAUAAUCAGUCAUGAAUCGGGAUAAUUGUGAAUAUCCUCACAUGGCUUGACUUGAAAAAGCUGUCAUGCUCGUCAUGGUACAGUUUUACAUUGAUUUCCUUAUUUAUUUUGAACAAGGGGAGAAGGGGAAGACCACAUCUUUCAGUCAUUCCAAAACCCUUGGGGUGUCACUAUGACUGAAGGCUCGGCUCGCCUGUUGCAAGAACAAAGUUCAAUUGGAUGUGUGGAAAUAGUAUAAAUUCCAAAACAGAACAGGGAGAUCAGGUGUUUAUCUGUGAUGCAAAAAAUGUGUUUCUUAACUAAAUGUUAGGUAAAGUGAUUCCAGUAUGUUUUAGUCAUUUUAAAAGUCUGAAGUAUAUUUUCAUGAUUAUUUAGAUUAUGUUAUGCAUCGCCAUUAUUUUGGCCAAGAUAAUCAUGACAUGAAAUUUUUAUUGUAUCAUCCCAUGUCUACAUUAUGUAGACUUUGUUAGUUAGUCAGGUUCUAAUUCCAUCUGACAAUCUGACGCUGAAACAGUUCCUCUAUUUUCUUUAUCAGAUUAAAGAAUUUUCAUUUUAUGACUUAGGGAAGCCAAUAAGCUGCCACACAACAAAUUUUGAAUUCUUGUGAAUUGCAGAACUGUAAACUGAGUUGGGGUAAAUAAUUAUCAUGUCUAGGUUGGGAUGUGUGCAACAAAGUGAAAAGGUUUAUCAUUGAGAAAUUGUGCUUUGAGGGGGACUUCAGAACUUAUUUAAGAUUCAAUUAAGUUUUAAAUUAAAUGUAUACAGUUUUUCUUCAACAGCAUUUUGUAAGACAUCGCCAAACUGUGCCUGAACAUGAAUGCACUGUAACUAAUAGUAGCCUAGUGAUAUACAAGGGAAAAGUUUCUUUUUCCUGUGGGAAAGACUGUUUACAGAGCCAGAAAGCAGUAAAUGAUCAUUAAAACAAUGAAUGGGAGAUGGUAAGAAUGCUCGGCUCAAGCAGACAAUCAAUCUUCAUGUAUCCAAACUGCAGUGCCUUUAGUGAAGCUUACACUGUACAAAUGUAUACACUGUGAAUGUUUUCAUAGCAGGUCCUUUGACAUAUGAAUGCCAGUCACCUUCUACUGUUACAACUGGACAACUUAAGUAUUACCUUUCUUCCAAAGAGCACCAUUAGGCAAGUGAUCCACAAUCUUGUUGUUACCGUAACUUAACUAAGUUUUGUCAGUUAUUUCAUUAGAACAAAAGUCACGUUUUUAAAGUGGAGGAUCUCAUUCUAUAAAAUGUCCUACUGAGGCCUGUACUGGAUGUGUCACUUUGAUGAAGUACUUUUUAAAGUUUGUCCUCAAUCUCUGUUUGCUGAGGGCAACAACAUCACUGACGUAGCUUUAGCCUUUGUUACUACUACCUUUGUAAAUACACCAGCUGGGUGAUGGGGGGGCAAAGUUCGAGUUAAUGAAAAACAUUUUAUGCAGUGAAUGCCAUGUGAGAUUUACAUCAGAGCCCCCGCCAAGUGUUUGUUGAAUUUAAUGUUCAAUUGUCCCAGUCAAACUCAUCAAAGUACAAGCCAGAUUAUUAUUAUUAUUAUUAUUAUUAUUAUUAUUAUUAUUAUUAUUACUACUAAUGUAAUGUGUUCUUAGUUGAAGGUUCCUUGUGAAGUUUAUCUUUUAGCAAUAUGCAGAUAUAUAUGCAAUACAUGUUCCUGCUAAUAGUUUCACACACUUCCACUGAUCUGCAGGUGGUGGCAAAAAUGGAGCACUACACCAGCACAAGGAAGAGAGAGAGACUGCUAGCCAGUAGACAAUGCAGUUUAGACAUGUUCAAACAGCUUUACAAUUGAUUUAUGAGGAAGGAACUUAACUUUGAAACACUGAAUGUACUUUUUUGUUUGUUUACAUGAAAACUCCACAGGGCACCUUUUAAAUAACGCCCCAAACAUUACAGCACAAAGACGGGAUGUUUUUUUUAAACAGCAUUUGCCUUUGCUGGAGGGUGCAUGAGUUUUAGGAGGAGCAGUUAGUCAGGUAGGCAGUGUAGGCCUUUGGUCUUCUGGAGCCGAAGGACUUCUGAAGGGAAAAUACUGUCACACAGGACUGAACACAGUCCUUACUGAAGCUUUUUAUGACAGUUUAUUUUAAAAAUGUAAUAUUCAAAUGUGGGCCCUUGACCGUGGACAGCUGGCAUCAAGUUCAAACUCAAGUUUUCUUUUUCACACAAAAAUAUAAAAGGGAGAAUGAAAUCUGUUGGAGCUGAUGAAUGUAUACCGGUAUGUUAUCUACGUUUAUGUUUUCAGCUUUAGGUGUUUUGUAACCAAACUUUGUGCAUGAAACUACUUGGUAAUAUUAUUUAUAUAGCACUUAUUCGGUCGUUACAAAGUUCCCAUUAAGUUCUUUCAUAACGUAGUGACAAAACACUACUGUAUGAAACAUAACACAACUAUUACAGCCUUUUGCAUUACACAGUAGUAGUUUAUUUUUUAACCACAAAUUCUGCCUCUGAGGUUUUAGUGUUACAGUAGCUUUUAUCCUGAAACAAAACUGCUUGUUGCAGUUUAUUGCAGGUUCAGGUCUUAUAGCUCUCAUCAUUUCCUCUACAUGUUUGUGAAGAUGUGGCUGUACAGUCUGUUGAACAGUAAUGUUAAGACUUGCAUUUUCUAUACAACCAUUAAUCCCCACCCUGUGAAAUAAAAUCAGGGAAACUGCAACAACCCGUUCCGCCAAGUCAACGUUUUGUAUAAGAUCAACUCAGAAUUGGAGCUUGAGUGUACAUUCUGAAUCAACAAUCUCAUCUCUAGUAAGCAUCUCAAAUGGUGGUACUGUUGCAGGGCUUUUCCUGUUGCCCAAUACCAAUGAAUCUGUCCGCUUUAAAGGAAGCCAUAAUCUUCAUUCUUCCACAUCAAUAACGUGUAACUGCAACUCGGUCCAUAAUACAUGUAUGAGUUCUAAUGUACUUUUAUCACCCAAUUUGAGCAACUUACUUAAGCUAUGGUGCCUUUGUUCUGUCCUGUAUUUACAGUCAGAACAAGAAGACACUGUUUUUUUUAUUGAAAUGUGUGUUUGCUAUUAGAAACUUGAAAUGUUGCGGGUUGUUUGUUAUGCAGCAGUUUGCAAUGAUAUAAUUUAUAAAUUGAGACAUGAUACAACUUGUUUUGGGUUUGGGUAUAAGAUUUUUUCUUAACUCCAAUAUUCUUGCUGAUGUAAAACAGCAGUGGUAUAUAUUUAUAGCACCUUUUAUAGAUCCAUGAUGCAGAGAUCAUAUGAAAGGAAUAAUGGCAUUGUUUUGGUGCAGGACGUUCAUCAUACACGUCUUCUAAAAUAUAGACAAUCUGUAGUGU